CUCCUUAGCAGCCUGGAGUUAAACUACCGCUGCUGGACCCCCUCACUUCCAGUUAUUCAGAGCGAUCUCCAUGGAGCCGGCUUGGCGACAGCAGGGGAGAGGGCGCGGCCGGGGUCAGACGAGGGGUCAGACUCCUGGUGACUUGUUGCCAGGGCGACCCCAGAGAGAAGAAGAUGGGGUGAGUGUGGGACGAGGACGGGGCGGUUCUGCUGUGACCACACUGCCCAAAACAGAACCUCCACCCAGUAAAGUCGUGUCCUCUCAGUCCAGAUUUGACGAGAUCAGGAAGUCCAACCAGGCUGCAGCUCAGCGACUGGUGGAGAAACAGUAUGCCUCCUCGUCUGAGGAGGAGGAUGAUGAUGAUGAUGAUGACGAUGAUGUUGAAGAUGGAAGGCUUGGUAAACGAGGGACGAUCCUGCAGUCGACGCUCACUGCGUACACCAACCAGAUGGGAGGCGACGUGUCGGACUUGGAGCGAACCCGUCAGUACCUGAACGAGGCGUUCCAGUCCGGAGCCAUAACCUGCCUCAUCUGCAUCGCAUCUGUGAAGAGAACACAAGCGGUAUGGAGCUGUGUGGGAUGUUAUUGUAUUUUCCACAUCCCGUGUAUUCAGAAGUGGGCCAAAGACUCCAUCUUCUUGGUUUCCUCGGUAACAGACGAGGAUUUUGGGAAGAAGGAACACCCCUGGCCGUGUCCUAAGUGUAGGUAUGAGUACUCUCCUCAUCAGACUCCGUGUCGUUAUUAUUGUUACUGCGGUAAAGAGGUUGACCCCGCCCCCGACCCCUGGCUCCUCCCACAUUCCUGUGGACAGGUGUGUGACAGGGAGUUCAAACCGUCCUGCGGACACCGCUGCCUGCUGCUGUGCCAUCCAGGCCCGUGUCCCCCGUGUCCGAAGAUGGUGAGCGUGUCGUGUCUGUGUGGGAAAGCGGCUCCGGUUCCUCGGCGCUGCAGUAAUAAAGGCUGGAACUGCGGUAAAACCUGCGGCCGCACGCUGCCCUGCAGGAUCCACACCUGCACACACACCUGUCACGCAGGUGUGUGUGAGCCGUGUCCCAGGGUCAGUGUACAGAAGUGUGUGUGUGGGAGGAGAUCAGCGGAGCGUCAGUGUGCCAGUCCACUGUGGAACUGCGACCAGGUGUGCGGGCGUCCGUUGCCGUGUGGGAAUCACACGUGUGAGCGCGUGUGUCACGCGGGUGCGUGUGGAGAGUGUCCUCGCGCGGGGAACCGGACCUGCCCCUGCGGGAAGAGCAAGUGCGCUCUGCCCUGUACGGCUGAUGUUCCCACCUGUGGGGACACCUGUGAUAAGAAGCUGGACUGUGGGUUACACAGCUGCUCCAUGCGCUGCCAUAAAGGACCCUGUGAAACCUGCAGACAGGAGGUGGAGAAACAGUGUCGCUGUGGGCGCUACACUAAACGCAUGCCGUGCCAUAAGGAGUGUCUGUGUGAGUCCAAAUGUAACAAGACACGAAGCUGCAACAGACACCAGUGCAGGAGGAAGUGCUGUCCAGGUAACUGUCCUCCCUGUGAUCUGAGCUGUGGCAGGACGCUCGGCUGCAGGAACCACAAGUGCCCGUCGGUGUGUCAUCCAGGGAGCUGUUAUCCGUGUCCGGAGGUGGUUCAGGUGAAGUGUGCGUGUGGUUCCACUUCUCUGAGUGUUCCCUGUGGGAGAGAGAAAAGCACCAAACCUCCUCGCUGCAAAGAGCUCUGCAGGAGUCCUCCAUCGUGUCAUCACCCCUCUCGAGAACGCCACAGGUGUCAUUUUGGCACAUGUCCGGUCUGUAAGCAGGUGUGCCAGCUGCCCUUACCUGGCUGUACACACCUGUGCCCAGCGCCGUGUCACGACCAGGUGCUGCUCAAAUCCAACCAGCGGGCUCCGUUAGCUGGUCCGUGGGAGCAGCCAGCAGCUCCAGCGUUUGAGUGUAAGGCUCUGCCCUGCCCUCCCUGCCAGGUCCCCAUACCAACGGCCUGCCUGGGGGAACACGAGGUGAGCCCAGUCCUGUGUCACGCUCAAGGGCCGUUCUCAUGCGGCCGGCCAUGCGGACGAACUUUGACCUGCGGUAACCACAGCUGCAGCCUAGAGUGUCACUCAGUGACCCCUGACCCCAAAAUAGAGAAGACAGAGGCUGGUAAGGAGUGUGAGCAGUGUGAAGAGACUUGCUCUAAGCCCCGCCCCCCCGGUUGCCCUCACCCCUGUGCCCUCCCCUGUCACCGUGGCGACUGCCCCCCCUGCACCCAGAUGAUCAGACAGCGCUGCCACUGCAAGAUCACCAACCUGUACAUCGAAUGCCUGAAGCUGACGUCGGCUGAUGAAGAGGCCGAAAAUCUGCUCACCUCCUGCAAGAACCAGUGUCCUAAACAGCUGAAGUGUGGUCACCGCUGUAAGGAGCUCUGUCAUGCGGGAGACUGUGUGGAGAACUGCAGCCAGAGAGUUAAAGUGAAGUGUCCAUGCAAGAGGAUCAAGAAGGAGUUUGCCUGCUCUCGCGCCCAGCAGGAGGAGAACUUGGUGGUGUGUGACGACACCUGCAAAGAACUACAGAGGAAAUACGCUGAGGCUCGUGAGGCCGAGGAGAGAGCGAUAAAAGAGGAGGAGAUGAAGAAACAGCAGGCGGAGCUGGAGGCCUUCGAGAAGCGCCAGAAAGGAAAACGGAAGAAGAACAGAAGGAACACUGAAGUGGAGGCAGAGGAAGGGGCGUGGCUUAAAUACAGAAAGUACCUGCUGGUGCCUGUUUGUGGCAUCCUAUUGGCUGUUGGAGCCUUUUAUCUGCUGCAGGUCAAUUAGAGGAGGAAAUACUGGAUUAACCCCCGUGCAGCAUCUCGCGCACACGCACACCUGCAGAACUGGACAAACCUGUUUUACAGGAGAAUUUCACAGAUUUUUCAAAAUUUCAGUGAUUGAGAUGUGAACAGUCAUUCAGAGUGUUUGGUGUGAAAUAAUCGAUUGUAGAAUAUUUUUUUUUCUGUAAACUGUCGAAACCACCAGUGAACCUACACGAGUCUUCUGAGUUUAUAUGGAAUGUUGAUGAUGAAAAUAGUGGAAAAUCUGAAAUAAUCAGUUUUCUUUGGGGACUAAUUUGCCUCACAGCACCCUGCAUGUAUCCCUCCACCAUGAAUGGAGUUUAAGUUCUCUAAACUAUCAUAAAACAGUGUCUCAGUCAUCAGGCAGUGAAUUCAUAACCAUUUCAUGUAGGAACUUUCUGUGAGGGAGCUUUUAGAGGUGGACGUCUGGUUCCUAUCACCACCACUGUGAACAGUUCUGACUCUGUACGUUUAUCUAGAACAGCGUUUCACACCAAACCACUCUGAAUGACUCUGUUUACGUCUCAACCGCUUAAUUAUGCAGGAAUUUUGAAAAGUUGAUUUAGCUGACUGAUCUCAGGAGGCUCCGCCCACUAAUGUGCUCUUUCCUAGUUCUGCUGUGAGGUUGGGAGAACUGAAGCUGGUUAAAGUCCCUUUCAGGGGCUCCUGAUUGGUCCAGCUGUCUGAACGUUGGUCUUGUCGUUGGGAGAUUGUGAGUUUGAGCCCCAGUGAUUCCACAGCCGUCCAUCGUCAGGAGUCUAAGAGAUCAUAACUGGGUGGGCCGGGUGGUCCUCUCUCCACCCCAUCACUCAGCAUGAUGCUAGUCAACACAGUUCACUGAUGUAACUGCAUUAACAGUUGGUGUUCUCCUCCGAGCGCUUUGAGGUUAUUGGCUCUGCAUCAGUGACGGACCGUCACAUAUUUCUAAAGAAGCUCAUGCUCACUCACUCUCUUAGCACCACACAUGUGGUGGGGUGACCUAGAGAGCGGGUGGAACCGAACAUGACUAAACUUCGGAGAAAAAUGGGCAAAAACUUCCAGAACCUGCAGCGCACAGCUGGGUUUCUGUUAAAAUGUGUGUUAUAGUGUGAAUGAUGGUGAAUUUGUUUAGAGCUGCUUAGUUGAUCUGUCUCUGUUCUACAUUAGUUUAUAUUUACAUUAAUAAUAUAUUUUAGUUCAUUCUGAGCCACAGUUUCUCGUUAGGCUGCCUGAGGUGUUUACCAGCGUUCUGUAAAGCUCGUCCAGCCUCACAGCAGCGACUGGAAAAACACGUUUGAGGGCGGAGCCUGGAGAGGUCACUUAGCUUCAUGAACAGUGGUCACCAGCCCUGGUCCUGGAGAUCGACUGUCCUGUCGAUUACUGCAUGAUGACGACGUCUCAGACACAAAUAUUUCUGUAAACGCAGCGUCACAUGCUGGCUGGAAGGGAACUCUGCUGGAGCACAGAUCAAGAGGAGGGGCAAAGAUCUGCAGCGUAGAUCUCCAGGAUGGGCGUAGAUCUCCAGGUGGACCAAUGGGUUGGUCACCACAGUGAUGGAGCAAUGAACAAACUACACAGUCUGAAGUUUGGGGUGGAAAUCACUGCAGAACCUCACCCAGAUGCCCACACUGUGCAUCGGAAGCUGAAGUUAAAACCGUCAGAUGUAGUUUUUCAAAGCGGUGGGUGUGUUUGCCGAGGGGUGUUUUCCCCUGAGGGGUGUUUUCGCUGAGGGGUGUGUUCGCUGAGGGGUGUUUUUCGCUGAGGGCUGCGCAGGGUGGGCUUCAUUAUGACCAAGAUAAUGUACUGUAAUGGGGUUAUGUUAACACUGAUUCAUCCAAACUGCCACAGGAGCUCCUCUGGAGCUGUGAUUGGUCAGGAUGCUCACACUGAGGUUCAUUUCCGUGGUGAAGCCCUCUGAGAUGCCAGUAUUAUGAAGGUAACCAUCACAAACCAUCAACAAGCGACUCUGCAGAUCUAAUCAGAGAGAACUUUGUUUAAAGCAGGUUGUCGUGGGGUCCAGACAGCCGAGUGCGUGUCUGUGUUUGCUGAAGCGUCUCAGCUUCUCGUACCAAAACAGAACAAAGAAAUGCUUCCAUGUGUAAAUUUGACUCGCGUAGACUGAAGUACAGACGGGGAGACGACGUGAUCCUGAGUUGGGUUCUAAAAGCCUGAUUGAGUUUGAAGCUGAGUUUCUUUUGGUCCAGAGGCGAUGAUUAUUUGGAGUUUAAUGAAAUGUCCUCCUCCCUGAGGAGCAGGAAUGUGUGUGAUGUGAACACGUCGUGAAUAAAGUCACCCUUAAUUAAAGAAA